AUGUCUAGAAGGAACAGUGAUUUGCCAAUAUGGAACUUUUUUGAAAAGCCCGUUGAUGUCCUUAAAACUGCUACAUGUAAUUACUGUCGUCGAGAGUUGUCGUUUAAAACGAGUGUUACAAAUUUAAAACAACAUUUAAAACAAAAAUACAUUUCGGUGUACAAUAAUUUAAUUAAUUUUGGCAAAACCUUCGAGUCAGCAGCACCUGAAACAGUGAGUAACAUUCCCUUGUCUGAAGUCGAAGGUUUGCAUAUGGAAAAUGUUGGUGAUGGGAAUAGUAAGAGGAACGCUGCAUGCAGUGGUGGUGGAGAGAUGGGGAGGCGUAUUAAUUGUGAUGAACCUUGUGUUUAG